GUCCUUGAAGGAAGAACUAGGGAAGAACACAAACAAAACAGAGGCAAAGGCGGAGUUGGGAAGAGCAACUUCAACACACGAAAUAGGGGAAGAGGCUCGAUCCAAUUAAGGUGCAACUCGUCCACGAUUGAUGGGGUGAAUCAAUCGAUGCUAAGUUUAUAUUGUAGAGAGUUCGAUUGAAGUUUUAUAUUGUAGAUAACUCGAUUUGUGGUGUUCUACAACUCAUCUUUAUUCUAAUUUAUGUCAAAGACAAUUGAGAUUUUGAUUGUAUACAUAUUUUCAUUUUCUGUAUGUUUUGUUUAUCAUUAGUUUGCUUUAAUCUACAACUACACAAAAGCUAAAUAAGUCAAUGACAACAAAAACUUCUUCCAUAUCAACAUCAUUGAUAAAUCUCCACCCUAUAAACUUUGUAUGGCUAUUGUGUAUUUUAUGUGGCACUCGCAACAAAACUUAUUAUUUGCUUAAAUAACGAGAGAGAGAAUUAUCCAAAAAGCAAAAAAAAAAAAAAAACUGGAAAAUAUAUUAAUGUGAAAUAUAAUAAAAUGAAUCAUGAAAAAAUAUAAUAAAAUAUAAAAAUAAGAAUAUAAACUACACCAAUAUUGAUCAAAGUACAAAAUGUAUAAAUCGAAAUGUAAGUCUGGAGAACAAUAUGAAAAAUUUGAAUUUUAAUUUUUAAGAACGAUAAGUAUUAUGAAUUUAAACAAUGAUUAAUUUGUCAAUUAUAUUAACCAAAAAGUGAAAAACAUUUUUGUAUGAACAAAAAGUGAAACCUGGUUAAUGCGAGUCCCGCAGAGGUCGUUGGCAGUUAUUUGGGUCCCCCAUCUCCGUUUUUUGCUUUCACCUCCAAACCAAAAAAAAAAAAAAAAAACACAUUUCUCUUUGUCGUCCGUCCAAACAAUUUCCGAUUCAUUUCUUCUCACCACGCUCAAUCUCAAACAUUCAAUUCAAUUCCAUUCCCCGCGCCGGCUGUCUCCCACCCUGACAUUCUCCGACCGCGAUUAUGUCAGGUUCUCCAUGGUCGCGUCCUGAAUCUUCAAUCCAUCGUCACACCCAGAUCUCAUCUUGAAAAAAAAUUGCGUUAGCAGUAAUUAAUAAUGUCGAAUUAUGUAGAUUUCAACCAGAAGAUAGAUUACGUGUUCAAGGUCGUGUUGAUUGGGGAUUCAGCAGUAGGGAAAUCGCAGCUCUUGGCCCGUUUCGCCAGGAACGAAUUCAGCAUCGAUUCCAAGGCCACCAUUGGCGUGGAGUUCCAGACCAAGACCCUCAGCAUUGACAACAAGACCGUCAAAGCCCAGAUUUGGGACACCGCUGGCCAAGAAAGGUACAGGGCAGUGACGAGCGCGUACUACAGGGGAGCGGUGGGGGCGAUGUUGGUAUACGACAUGACGAAACGGCAGUCGUUCGACCACAUGGCGCGGUGGCUGGAGGAACUCCGGGGGCACGCCGACAAGAACAUCGUGAUCAUGCUGAUCGGGAACAAGUGCGACCUGGGGAGUCUCCGGGCGGUGCCGCAGGAAGACGCCCAGGAGUUUGCGCAGAGAGAGAACCUCUUCUUCAUGGAGACGUCGGCGCUGGAGUCCACCAACGUCGAGACCGCAUUCUUGACCGUGUUGACGGAGAUUUACCGGAUCAUCGGCAAGAAAACCUUGACCGCCAACGACGACUUCGACCCCAAUUCCGGGCUGUUGAAAGGGACGAGGAUUAUUGUCCCCGGCCAGGAUACCGACGCCGGCAAGAGAGGCGGCUGUUGUGGCUAGUUAGUUCCUCUAGCUGACCAAUUGAUUUGUUGUUGGUUUCUUUUUUUCUGGGUAGGGAAUUAAGGAUACAAUUUGUGACUUGAUGAUCAAUUUCUUCGUCUUGAAGGAGCCGAAUUAGAAAAGUGGUUAAUUAGUAAUGAAUUUGUCGAUGUUAA